GGCCGAGCGGAUUAUUGCGUUGCUGGUUCUGUUCUGUGUUGUCAGGAGCGAUCGAGAUGCCUGAACCGGCGAAAUCUGCUCCCGCGCCCAAGAAGGGCUCCAAGAAAGCGGUGACCAAGACCCAGAAAAAAGGGGACAAGAAGCGCCGCAAGACCAGGAAGGAGAGUUAUUCCAUCUAUGUCUACAAGGUGCUGAAGCAGGUUCACCCCGACACCGGCAUCUCCUCCAAGGCCAUGGGCAUCAUGAAUUCCUUCGUCAACGACAUCUUCGAGCGCAUUGCUGGGGAGGCGUCCCGCCUGGCGCAUUAUAACAAGCGCUCCACCAUCACCUCCCGGGAGAUCCAGACCGCCGUGCGCCUGCUGCUGCCCGGGGAGCUGGCCAAACACGCCGUGUCUGAGGGCACCAAGGCUGUGACCAAGUACACCAGCUCCAAGUAACUGCUCUGUGGCCCUCCCGCCAAGAAGCAUCCUUUUAAAAAACCCAAAGGCUCUUUUAAGAGCCACCCACUAUUUCCAGGAGAGAGCUGUAAACAUGGCACGUUGUGUGAGCUCCGUGCCUUGCUAAGGCAAGGCCCGGCAAAGUGUAUGCUGGCUUUUACUAUUAUUUGCAUGUUGUUUUCUUUAACCUGUUUGUUUUGGGGCUUUCUGGGUCCGUGGGGGUUGUGCUUUAGCAAGCCUUGAUUGCUGCCUUGAUGGAUUUAAUUGCCUAUUCGUAAGUAGUCUGCGGCUUUGCUUUAAGCGGCUUUGUCCUGGAAGUUUGGGGGGAGUUUUUUUACCUUGCUCUUUCGCGGUGGGGCUGCGAAACCUUGUAGCCUUGGGGAGCCUUUAUUCUAAUCACUCAAUAGAUUCUGCAGGAUUGAAUAAUUAGAUUUUUUUUUUGCUGUUGCUUUGUACAAUAACAGGCCUAGGGAAACCUGGUACAAAGUGCUUAUAAUCAAAUUUAAAAUAUUUUUCUAACGUUAACUUUAAAGUAUAUAAGCUGAGAAGUCCGUACAGCGGGUACCGUGCUUAGUUUAUCCGCAAAGCCAAAGUUAAGGCCAUCGGAGACAUACCGUACCUAGCCACCCCGAGCCCGCAGUCAGCAACAGGGCCCUGCCCCACGGCUAACCAGACACCUCUCCCUCGACCAGCCGCAAUGUGACCUUCGUUGAGUUGCCAGAAGGCCCCAGUCCCCACUUGCGUGGACAACCUCCCACGCUGGGAAGGGGAAAGGGAGAGACCUGAAAUCCCUGGUCAAUGAAAUCUCCUCUGCUGCGUUAGGACCCCUGCCACUAACGUGCAACAAAUGGGGCUGUUUUGGGGAGGAGGAAUCCAAGUUUAAAUAUGUUCUAGGGUGCUUUUUCCUGAAUGACUGGCGGGGACCCCACGCCGUGGGGACCCCCCCACAGUUACGUGGGCGGUGUGGGGGGGGGUCACACUAAAGCGCUCCGGGCGGCGCCUCUGCCCGCAUUCAAAGAUCAAGGCCGGCUCUGAUUGGACGCGGUACGAUCUCAUUGGCCGGAAAGGAAACGCGUGUGUGUGGUGGGGGGGAGGGUUUCUUCCUUUUCCACCUCGGUUUUCCCUCUGAUCCCAUUACAUCCACGCUGUUUGCGGCCAGCCAGCCUUAAACCAGGACCCAAACGGCUCCGCUUUAUAGAGGCCUUCCUCCCGUCAAUUACCAUGGAUAAGAACACCUGGCUUGGCUUGACUGGGUUGCAUAUGCCCGAUCAAUCAAGUGCUGUUUUUAUCUGUUAUCUUUUUGCUACUUUUAUUUUUAUUUGGGUGUGGGAAGGGAGGUAAAGGCUAUUUUUAAUUU